AUGGACAAAGAGUCGUUGGUUUCCCAUGUUAUCAAUCUGAAACGUACCAGGACGUAAGAGACUGGAGAGAUUAACCCAGUGUAUCCUUUCUUCAGAAAACUCUCUUUGCUGAUGCACCCCGACAAGGUGACCAAUAAGAAUCUGGUCAAUCAGAUCUUCAAGAUGGCCAGUCAAGCAUUAGAGCUGUUCUCCACACUCUACCACCAGAAAUUUGGGGAUCUGGUAGCCAGGCAGCGAACCAAGGCAUGGCUUACACUGUCGGAGGUCCUCCCCGACACCUCUCCAAACCCUGGAGGCGUAGACCCUCAAAAAAAGGCCUGCUGUGAGAAGAACUGGAACAAACUGAUGAAGAAUAAAGACUGA